UUUCUGCGCCAUAUCCAAACCUCGCCGUCGCUUGAGUAUUUGCGCCCGUGCUGUCAGUUUCGCCGUCAUCGUUGGCCUCGCCGUUACCUGAAGAAACUUUCCACGCCUUAGGCGCCAAUUCUUUUCCAUGUCGAACGACACAACCGCGGGCGAGGACGUGCCGACGUCGACGCCGUCGGCGCCGGACCCGCCUGAAACUACAAGUGAGGCGCCUCCACCAGAGCCGACACCCUCCUCCUCAGAGGAGCCUCCUCCGCCGCCCCCGACAACGAGCUCGGAGGAUCCACCCCCACCGCCAACGACCGAAUCGCCUCCUCCUUCAUCAACCAGUUCAGAUGACCCUCCACCCACAUCCAGUAGUUCGAGACCACCACCAGAGAGCUCCUCAACCCCGGAUGACGACCCGCCACCGUCAACGAGCACGGCCUACACAACGGUUACCGAGUCCCUCCCUCCAACAAUCCAGCCUACCGACUCGACGACAGCGCCCACUUCAACAACGGGUUCCACCAUCGAUCCCACCGAUGAGCCAAGUGGGGGGUUGGACCCCAAUGCGAGGACCGCGGUUGCCGUGGUUGUCCCCAUCGCAGCUGUUGCUAUUCUGCUCCUUCUCGGUAUUUUCCUGUGGCGCCGGAGGAAGCAGCGCAAGGACGCUGAGGAGCAGAGACGGAAGGAGGUGGAGGAUUACGGCUACAACCCCAACGCCGACCCUACGAUACCCGCGGUUGCGGGGGCUGCCUACGAAAUGGGGGAGGACAGCCCGUCGGGCUACCGUGGCUGGGGGUCCACCACGCUUGCUGGUUCGACCACAAGGAAAGCGUCGACGACCAUGUCGGGCGGUGCCGGCGCUUCUUAUUCCGACGCUGCUUCGCCAACCAGAGCCGACGCACGAUCUGGCGAGCCGCUCAUGGGCGAUGUGCCUCCCUCUCCGGAGGGCGAAAUUCUGGGCGCCAUGGGACCGUCGGCCGCCAAUAAUCGUGCCGAUGUGCGCCGGGGGCCCUCGAACGCCUCGUCGUCGUACAGCGCCGCCGGCCGAUCCGACGGCUCCGGCGACGGUCCUAUCGGUGUCGCCUACGGAGGCGGUGCGGGCGGUCCGAGCGCCAGCAACCAAUACUACGACCAGUAUGGCAGCGGAAACCCCUAUACGGACAACGGCUACGGCGGCCAACCUGCCGAUGCCGGCGGCCAGCCGGUCAUCCGUGACGUGACAGCUAGGAGAAACACACGCAUCGAGAACUCGGCACAUUAUCCGCAGCAGACUGCUGGCAUCUCGCAAAACUUCUGAUCAGCCACAGUCAGGCACGCCAUCUUCCCGUCGAUACCACCGGUUCGCUUUUGUUAGAUGAUACCUUUCCGACAUCGGACAGCGUUGCUUUUCAUUGCUUCUCAUACAACCGCUCUUGCCGCAACCAUGGCUUGUUUUCUUUUUCUCUUUCGA